CUGGUUUUCUCCAGCCCUCUCAGAUAUCUUCACUUUCUGGUGCUUCUAAGGCGGGACUGAAAUUGGCGAUGACUUAGAACUGACUAGGGGAAAGUUGUUCUUCGUUGAGUGUAUAGUGAUGCUGUAUUCUCCUUUGCAGACAGGAUAAGUCUAUCGUUGGCUGUUGACAGUUUUCGUUUACAUAGAGCCCGGGGUUCAAAGCUUGCAUUCCUGUGAAUUCUGUGGCCAAAGAAAAAGGGAGGAUUAGUGGCUCCAUAAACUGCUUGUGGGCUUCCCUGGAGCAUGGGAUUGGGCUUUGUACACUCAUGGCUUGAUCUAACAGAACUUAUUUUAAAACGGUUUAGAGAUCUAACUUCCUCAGUCACAUUUUCUAUGGACUGUUUCUAUAAAUUCUCCUCUAUGUAUGCACACAUUUAAUUAUCCUUGAUUUUAGAAUGUGGUAGAUAUUAAGGCCAAUGCUUGGUAUCCUUAAACGAACUUGUUUGACACUUCUCUUCAAAGUCUAGCUUCUCAAAACAGGUGAAGGCCCACAAAAUGAGAUUGGGAGAAAGGUGGAGAUGGAAUGCAGAUUUCCAGGAAAGGAAAGGAAUUUACACUAUAUAGUCCAGCACUGCAGUGUAGAAUUCAUGGAUUGCCCAUUUUCGAAUAAUUAGCAGGCUUUUGGUAUGUUUCAUCUGCAACUUUGGCAUUUUUAUGCUGGAGACUGCCUUUAAAGAACACCACAAACAGCUUUCCUUUAGGAUGUUUGAAAGUGCAGGAAUGGGUUGUUAACUAGCUGUCAUGCUAAAAUAAGUGCUAAAUGACAUACAUAUGUGUUACACUGCCUUGAAUAUUUCAAAAUUCAGCCUGAAGCAUGUUUAUUAAAUUUUGGCCAGUUUAACAUGUCAAUGAAACCAAGAAUAUUUGUUUUUUAAUUGCUCCUUAGUUAUCCUUCAGCACAACAGAAACUAAGUCCAUUGUGAGCUCUAUCAGAAGUUGGAGGCUACUGAAAUUUGAAUAAGUAAUUUAAGUGGCAUGUUCCUGCUAGAAUGGAAGAAUCUCACUUCAACUCCUCACCGUAUUUCUGGCCAGCAGUGCCCACGGUCUCUGGACAGAUUGACAACAGUAUGUUCAUUAACAAGAUGAAGGAGCAGCUGUUGCCCUCCGAAAAGGGCUGUGGUCUGGCUCCUCCUCACUAUCCUACCUUACUGACUGUACCCACUUCUGUGGCCCUUCCCACCAACAUUUCUAUGGAUUCGGACACCAAGCCAGAACAGCUUACCCCACCCAGCCAGGCUUCAGUAACACAGAACAUCACAGUGGUACCUGUGCAGUCUACUGGGCUCAUGACAACAGGGCCUGGUCUGGUGAUAACUUCUCCCUCUGGAUCCCUGGUGACUACAGCCUCUUCUGUGCAAACCUUUCCCAUUUCUGCACCCAUGAUUGUCUCAGCUCUUCCUCCUGGUUCCCAGGCAGCUCUUCAAGUAGUACCUGACCUUUCUAAGAAAGGGACAGCCCUUGCAGUGGGUGGGGCAGUGAGUGCCACUGGAAGUAUAACCCCGAAAGCACCUAGGGGAAGGAAAAAGAAGCGGCUGCAGGAAACUGGCCUGCCGGAGAUGAGCGAUCCUUUUGUGUUACCGAAUGAAGAUGAAGAAGACCAGCACAAAGAUGGCAAGACAUACAGGUGCCGGAUGUGUUCCCUGACAUUUUACUCCAAGUCAGAAAUGCAGAUCCACUCCAAGUCCCACACCGAGGCAAAGCCACACAAGUGCCCCCACUGCUCCAAGAGUUUUGCGAACAGCUCCUACCUGGCCCAGCAUAUACGCAUCCAUUCAGGGGCCAAGCCCUACACCUGCAGCUACUGCCAGAAAGCCUUCCGCCAGCUCUCCCAUCUACAGCAGCACACACGGAUCCACUCCAAGCUCCACACGGCGAUUGUCAAGCCACACAAGUGCCCUCACUGCUCCAAGAGCUUCGCCAACACGUCCUACCUGGCCCAGCACCUCCGCAUCCACUCGGGGGUCAAACCCUACACGUGCCGUUACUGCCAGAAGGCGUUCCGCCAGCUCUCCCACCUACAGCAGCACACACGGAUUCAUACUGGAGAUCGGCCCUAUAAAUGCGCUCACCCUGGCUGUGAAAAGGCCUUCACACAACUUUCAAAUUUGCAGUCCCACAGAAGGCAGCACAACAAAGACAAACCCUUCAAGUGCCACAAUUGCCACCGAGCAUACACUGAUGCCACCUCGUUGGAGGUUCAUCUAGCCACUCACACAGUGAAGCAUGCCAAGAUUUACAACUGCUCCAUGUGCAAUCGGGCCUAUACCUCGGAAACAUAUCUGAUGAAACACAUGCGGAAACACAACAUCCCUGACCCCCAGCAACAGGUGGCUGUGGUCCAAGCCCAAGUCCAGGCUCAGUCACAGGCGUCACAGCAGCAGCAGCAGCAGCAGCAGCAGCACUUCCAAGCACAGGGCGGUGGAGCAGCGGGGGGUCCAUCCGGAGACAACCUGCCCAAUCCCCCCCCACAGUGUUCUUUUGACCUUACCCCUUAUAAAACUUCAGAGCACCACAAAGACAUCUGUCUGACGGUUAGCACCAGCACCAUCCAAGUGGAGCACCUUUCCAGCUCUUAGGGACCUUGGCUGAAGAGGGGAGUGGAAAACUUCUCCUGCAUCAUCUGUGCCCAAGGGCAGUUCUUUUGUGAUGGCCUCUCCUCACACAGCAGCUUAUGACAGCUUCCCCUCGGGGGAGGGAAAUGGGGAUUGUAUCUGUUUAGUGGCCACUCCUUGGCUUUACCAUUAGUGCCUCAAGAGGCACAACCUCCCCCUGUAAAUGGGGGGCAGAACUCUCUUUGUGCAAGAAGAGGGCUCCUCCCUUUCAGCAAGCCUCUCUUGUUCAUUAAUGGAAACCCCCACUUUCUCUCUCACUUGAUAAGGUAUCCAGCAGAGAUGAGAAACAGAGGGGAUACCAGUGGAUGAAAGGGGCUUCAGCAGUGACUGAUUGCAGGUGAAUGAGGGCGUGCAACUGGGAGUCUUCUCAAGAUUCCCUUUGGGUGUAGACUGGAGAUCGGACCCCUCGUUUUGCCUUCCCCCACCCCCUCUUUCCUGUGAGCUGGAGGGAGGAAGGAUGGUUGCUCCUGUUCUAGGUAUCAAAUGUUACCCGGCUUACAAAACCCUGAAGAUAACAGGAUGUUGCUGGUGACUGACAUCUGUGUCUGCAUAAUCCAUUACUGUAGGGGGCUGUGGAGGGUGGGGUGCCUAAUCUUUUCCCAGCCAACUUCAGGAAGAAUUAGUGAGGGAUGGGAAGGUGGGUACUGCAGCUUAGAAACUUCUGUGGUUUAACCUCCACCUGCUGCAGGCAUCAAGUCUAAACCAAAAAAAAAUCGCCUAGUGGUAAGAGUGCCAAAAUGAACCCUCCCCCCAAAAGAGAGCUGAGGGUUGUUUUUCUGUCUUCACUCCCCUCCCCCCCUUUGCCCCAUAAAUGCAGUCUGGAACCCAAGGCUCAAAGGAGAUCUUUGGGGGGAAGCCCCUGGGGAAGGGAACUGCUGAGCUACUUCUCUCUAUGUGCGGCCCAGAUGCUUCCUUCACUCUCCUCCUUACCAAGCCAGACUGGAUAUGAGAUGGCUGUAGUGUGGUGACACUUGGAGAGCAAGAAUCAGAGGAAUCUUCCAGGGGGUGAACAGUGGAGAAGAGGAGAUGGUGGAAACUAUCACUCCUGAACUGCAGAGAGAGACCAGUUAGAAGGGAAAAAUUCCCAAGCAACAGACUCGAGCCCUCUCCCCACUUGAAUUUAUAUAUAAAUAUAUAUAUAUAAAUCUAUAUACAGAUAGUUGGAUAGAUAUAUCUAUUCACACCUCAACCCCAUCCAGCCUGCUCUGUCCUUGCUGUAACUGUUUCUAUCCAUGUUUAUAAAACUGCAUUAUCCUUGCACACUUCAGUCCUUGAUUUUUAGCCCUCAUACUCAGUUCCUAUCUUCAUCUUCAAAGUAUUUUCCCCUUCUUGCUUUAAUCUUGUAGUUUCCUGUUCCAUCAUUUCAAUAUUCUGGUUAUCACUUGGUCCACAGAGGCACAAAAAGACGCCCCCAAAAUCUAAUUGGGAUUUAAGUGGGAAAAAAUGUCUCUAGUAGGCCUGCAAAUACUGUAGAUUAAGGGGUGGAGGAACUCUUAUUUUCAAAUAUUGGUGCAUAAAAACAAAUCGGUUCAGGUGCCUUUUCAAACAAAUGAAGAUUCUGCCCGUUGUUGGCAGUAGAUGGAUACCCAAGGCAAGAAUAUGAGGUUUGCUUGUUCUUCCCUCAGUCAUGAGAGAGAUUGUCUAGCAGAAGCAGGGCAGACUGCUUUCUGUGCAAACUGCACUGCUUUCCUGUGUGUUAAAAGCAGCACUGUGUGAAGACAAACUCGUAAGUGACUUGAUAAUCCCACACAGUUUGGGAUGGACCAGGACUGAUGGAUGUUCCUCCUUCCUGCCUCCCCCCUCCAGCCCACCCAAAGCCCUACUGAAAUCUAAAAGGUGCAUAAACAUUUCAAGAUUGUGCUUUGGCUGCAGGGAUUAUGGUGAACUUGAGUGUGUGUGCGUGUGCGUGUGCUGUUUCUAUGUUGGGCAUGGGUAUGAACUUUGUGUGUGCAUGUGUCCCUGCACUUUAUGUGUACAUGCACGUCUGGCAAAAUCCUGCACUUCCUUUCCCUCAGGGUAUGAAUUUUCUGGACCACGUAACACGUCCACGAUCAUUGUUACAAGCAUUGUAAGAGCUACAAGAGUUGUCUCCCGUGCUUUCUGAGUACAAGGCUGACAGAAUGAUGAGAGUGAGCAGACCUUGAUUCGGGGUUGUAACUGGUGGUUAUGUGCUAAUUUUUCUAGCUUGGGUACACUUGGCAGAAGAUCCUCACAUUCAGGAGAGACAUUGAUUUUUUUUCCAGAAGCUUCCUUUUUUGUUACCAUACUAAUGGCUUGAAGGGCCACGUAAAAUGAAACAGGGAGGGUUCUUUUCCUGACAGGGCAGUGGAAAAGCUAAGGUUGGGGGCAGGCAAUAACUUUUUAUGAAUCUGCACUGAGAACACUGCUAAUACUUGGGGCACACAUAAUCUGUACACCUUUGCUAGUUAUGUCCUCUGGUUAACAGGUCACUCCUGCACAGGAGAAUGCAUGUACAGUGCAUAUUGGUGUGCUUUCAUAUACUUAAUUUGGGUCUGUGAAAGAUGAGAGUUACACCCUUCAGUACUUCAAAAGUGAGAAAAGUGUAUCCGUCACCUUAAGAACAGGGAUAAAGAGUGAGAGUAUACUAGAGCCACCAUUCUUGCCUGCUCUAAGGUUCACGUUAGAACUGUGAGCAUGCAGCUUCUUCCAUGAGGAUAAAACGUAAGCGCCUGACAUGUCACAUUUAUCCUUCACUGUGCAGAUUGUGAGGGGCCGAGAAUAUUGUCCUCCACGGGCCAUUGGCAUGGAGAUCUGUGGCCACCAUUCGCUCUUAAGCAAAAGCCUGAGGGAAAUUGCCACAUCGGUGACGGAAGUUAAAAUGUAGGAAUACACCGUCAGGCUGAGUUGGUGGGGAAUAUAACGAUAGCUUGCCUAUGUGGGAAGAGACUUCCUUUUGCCCAUAUCUAACAUGAAGUUUUUUGGAUCAGUAUUCUGACUUCUAAGCUACUCCAGAGAGGAGAUUAUAGAAAAAUGAAGCUUGGGUGAUAGAAUUCCACAAAUUUCCUUAAGGUGGUAGAUAAAGCACUUUUCCACAGAUGCAGUGUUAAAGAUAGCCAAUAGACACCCCCCCCCCAAGUUAAGAAAUGCCAAAUGAUGUUGAGGCACAUUGGGCAAUGUUUGUGCUUUCCUCAAUUUCCCAUCUUCAGUGAAGAGGACUGGCCACUGAAUGUUAAGGAGACAAUUCUGUUUGCUCUUACCUUUUCAAAUUGCCACAUUGGUUCAGUGUGGGUAACUUUCAGCUGUUCUUAAGAAUCUUUCAUAUUGCAUUUCCCAGAGGAAGGGGGGUAUUUUAAAUUUCCAACCUUAAUAUUGCAUUAGAACUUUUUGUAUUUAAUUUCAUUACUUUUUUUAAAGAAUAAAUUCCAAAAGCCCUCUUAAUGUUAAUGAAA